AUGAUGGACGAGGAAGAUAAUUCGGGUGAUCAUGAUAGCAAAACUAGUUCAUCUCACCAUGGUGAUGAUAAGGAUGAUUAUUCUUACGACGCCAAAGAAAAAUCCGAGACUUCUCUUAAUGAUAUGCGUUCUGAUGAGGCUAGAGAUCGUAAUGCUGAUGUCUACGAUGAGCAGGAUAUUUCCGAAGAUGCAACUGGGAAUCACGAAGAGGGGAUUCGCCCUGACUCUGAAUCUGACGAAAGGAAGGCUGGCGUAAUUUCUCCCAUACGCUGGGAUAUUGAAGAUGAUGAAAAAGAAAGAAAAAAGGAAGAGCCUAAGGCCAAGCCCAAAGUUGUUGAGGCAGAAAUUGACAAGGCGAAGCGGUAA